CCCGCGGAGGCAGAAGCGGAGGAGGCCACCGAGGCCCGGCAGGAGGAGGGGCCGGACCCAGACGGUGAGAGGGGCUUGCCCCAAGAAGGGCCGGAGGAAGAAGAUGGAGAGGAGACCUUCUCCUUCAAAUACAGCCCCGGGAAGCUGCGGGGGAACCAGUACAAGCAGAUGAUGACCAAAGAGGAGCUGGAGGAGGAGCAAAGAGUUCAGAAGGAACAGCUGGCCGCCAUCUUCAAGCUCAUGGAGGACAACAAGGAGACGUUUGGCGAGAUGUCCGACGGGGACGUGCAGGAGCAGCUCAGGCUCUAUGACAUGUAGGCCCGUCACUGCGCUCUGCACAGCUGCCCAGCCAGACAUCCACGACCACUGUCCUGACCCUCGGCCCACUUUUAUAUCCAGACUUUUGUAGGCUUACUCUUAUUUUAUAUACAUGUAUGUAGAGGCAUGUUAUAUACAGACUUGCUAUAGUUUUUGCAAUUUAUAUAUCAUUUAUAGGAUUUAGGGUUGUUUUCUACAGAGGAGAAAAAUCCCUGGUCCCUUUGGCUUCUGCCUGCUGGUGGGUUCCAGCUGUCACAGAGGAAGCCCUCUGGGCUGUCUUGGGAGCGAAAUGAAAUCUGCCCUGCAGACCCAGGGCAGGCAGCAGCCUGGGGGCUGGCUUGAAAGCACGUAGCAUGGAAGGCAUUCAGGGGUUGGGGAAGUUGGGGGCCCUGGUGGCACAGUGGUUAAGAGCUAAGCUGCCAACCAAAAGGUCGGUAGUUCAAAUCCACUAGCCACUCCUUGGAAAUCCUACUCUGUCCUAUAGGGUUGCUGUGAGUCGGAAGCAACUCGAUGGCAGUGGGUUUGGUUUUUGGGUUUUGGUGGGGAAGAUGAAUAGCAGGUCCCACAGCAUAAGGGUCCAGCCUAGUUACACUGCAUGCUCAUUCUGCCUUAGAAGGGUUUCUGGAAGCUUCUGAGAUUGUCAGGCAGCAAGUGGUAGGGGAGCAUUCUUUUAGCAAAAAAGUCUAAUUCAGAGACUCACCUUCCAUCCUGGAAUAAAGAGUGGUAUCAGAGUUCAAAUCCUUUCAGGGUUUCUCUCAUUUAAGCAGGAGACUUGCUUUAAAUAUAAUUAAGCAAGAAGUAUUUGAGUGCUUAUAACGCACUUAGAAGAACUAGGCUAGACACUGUAGAUAGAAAAAAGACGAGACACAUCAGGCCUUGUUGUUGGGUGCCGUCAAGUUGAUUACGACUCACGGUGACCCCAGAGCAGAAGUGCCCCGUAGGGUUUUCUAGGUUGUAAUCUUUGUGGGAGCAGAUUGCCAGGUCUUUCUCCUGCAGGGCAGCUGGUGGGUUCACAGUGCCAACCUUUUGAUUAGCAGCUGAGUGCUUAACCAUUGCACCACCAGGGCUCCUAUAUGAAGUGUCUAGAAUAGGUAAAUCCAUCAGGAUGAAAGAGGAUUCAUGGUAACCAGUGGGUAGGGGGAGGGACUGGGGAGUUAAAAAGUUUUCAGUUUGGAACAAGAGGCAAAUGUGUUGUUGUUAGGCGCUGUCCCGUCGAUUGCAACGCCUGUGGACCCCAGGUGACAGAGUAGAACUCCCUCAUCCUUACAGGAGCACAUCGCUAGGUCUGCCCCCAGGAGCCACUGGUGAGUUCCAAUCACCAACUCUCAGUUAGCAGCGAGCGCUUAAUCGUCACGCCAUCAGAGUUCCGAUAGUAGGUCUUUUUAAAAAAAUAAAUAACCUUUUGGUGAGCAGCCGUAGCUUGCCGUAGCAUUUAACCACUGCGCCACCAGGACUCCAUAUGAGGUCUUAGGGGCUUUAAAAGGCCUGUAGAGAGGACAAACACUUGCAUUCAAUGAAAUACUCUUUAUAGAACAGUGCCUGGGACACGAUGGGGCUCAGGAAGUGUUUGUGGAAGGAGCCCUGAUGGCGCAGCAGCUAAGUGCUCAGCUGCUAACUGAAAGGUCAGCAGUUCGAAUCCACUAGCCAAUCUGUG